AUGCAUUGCUCACCUGAUGAUAUCUUUCCCCACUGUGCAGCAGGAGAUGAAAAUCUGGCAACUGCCAGCUCUCCCUCCCCUGUGUCACCUCCACCUGCACGCUCCACAUCACUCUCACCUCCAGGCAUCACUGAAGGAGAUGAAAAACUGGAAGACACCAGCUCUCCCUUCCCUGUGUCACCUCAACCUGCACACUCCACAUCACUCUCACCUCCAGGCACUGCUGAAGGAGAUGACCUCCAAAGCGUUAAUGAAACUGUACCUCUCACCACAGGUGUCUCUCCUGCAGACAGCACAUACCUCUCCACGCACGCAGGCUCCGUCCCUGCCAUGGGACUCAGCAACCCACCACACAGCAGCACUGCUGCCCUCACCACAUGCACUCCCAUUGCCUUCAAGAAUGCUUCAUCAGAUGAUUACAAUUCAGCAUCCUUGCACAGUACCAUCUCACCAGCCAGCAUGCCAGCAAACACUGGGACCACCCUCACUCGCACAAUAGGUGACAAACUUGCACACAGUUAUCGCAAUUAUGAAGCUUCCACAACGCCAACUGGAGAACCUUGUGAUGGUGAUAUUGACUACAACAUAACACGUGCAGGAGACGAGUAUAACACAGUUGAAGUUACAUUGCAAAAUCUCAGAAAAAACAGAACCUAUUUUAUUGUGGGGGCUAACAAGACCUUAACGGCGGAUUCCAGCAAAAUAAAACUUCAGAGAUGCCAGAAAUACACAGUUAGUGUUCCAAAUUGCAUGGACAAAUAUCUUAUUAUUCCACCUGACAGCAGCAAGAAUUCUUUCAACGUUACGAAUUGUACCAACACAUCUGUAAUGUUGUGUUGGAGAAAUUCAACUGAAUGUGAAGUUAAUGUGACAGUUAACUGCAAAGGUUCAAAAGUCUUACUAGACUUUUUCUUCAACAAGCAAUAUUGUAAAAAGCUGGACACUUUAUCACCCAACCAAGAGUACAACUGCACUGGUACUGUACAUUUUUGGGGAAAGGAGGUUGACAAGCAACAUUUAACAAUAACAACAGAUUAUGGUGCUCCAGAAGCACCAGAAAACCUUACAAUAGUUCAGACAGGUGCCAGAAAAGUAUCAUUUAGAUGGGAGAAACCUAGCUGCGUUUCAAAGGGUCCUAUACAUGGCUAUGAGGUGUCAUGUACUCCCAACGGGACACAAUCACUAACGUCAGCCAACGUGACCAACUUUACGUGCAAGGGAUUAAAACCUUAUACCAAUGGUUCUGUGUCUGUGACUCCAUAUACGAAUAGCAAAUAUAACAAUGGAGUAUUGAGGGGAGAAACUAAAAUAUGUAGCUUUCAAACAGAAGCAGCAGAACCAGAACGAGUGACUCAUGUUAGUGCAACAUUGAUAGCUGAUAAUGCUGUCCAAAUUAAGUGCAAAAAACCAGAAGAAGUGUCUGGACCAGAAGAAGCAAUUGAAGUGACUUGGGAAAAUGGUAAACAAAGGAGCUCCGGUAAAUGUGAUUUUAAAAUAGAAAAUCUCUCGUACUUGACGAACUACGCAUUUCAGAUCUUCGUGACUAAUAAAUUGUAUAAAGGGCAGCCAGUAAAGACGAGUAUAAGAACCAGAUAUAAUUCUAAAGCCCUGAUUAUAUUCUUGGCAUUCUUGAUUGUUGUGACAUCAAUUGCUUUGUUACUGGUUCUGUACAAAAUCUAUGUUCUUCACAAAAAAAAGCUUAGCAAUUCUUCUGAAGGUGUGAACCUUGUUGCAGUUAAAGAUGAUGACAGGCAACUUCUGAACAUAGAGCCAAUACCUUCAGAGCAAUUGCUGGACAUGUACAAGAGGAAGAUUGCUGAUGAAGGAAGACUUUUCUUGGAUGAAUUUCAGAGUAUUCCUAGAGUUUUCACUAAAUUUUCAAUAAAGGAGGCCAAAAAAAGCCAUAAUCAGAACAAAAACCGUUACAUUGAUAUCCUUCCAUAUGAUCAUAACCGUGUUGAGCUCUCAGAGAUCCCAGGAGACCCAGGAUCAGACUAUAUCAAUGCAAGUUAUAUUGAUGGCUUCAAAGAACCGAGAAAAUACAUUGCUGCACAAGGUCCCAAGGAUGAAACCACGGAUGAUUUCUGGAGAAUGAUCUGGGAACAGAAGGCAACAAUUAUUGUCAUGGUGACUCGCUGUGAGGAAGGAAAAAGGAACAAAUGUGCCCAGUACUGGCCAUCAAUGGAGAAUGGCUCUGCAACAUAUGGGGACAUCAUUGUGAAGAUAAAUGAAAGUAAAACGUGUCCAGACUAUGUCAUUCAGAAACUACACAUCACAAACGGAAAAGAACGGACAGCUGGAAGAGAUGUCACUCAUAUUCAGUUCACAAGCUGGCCAGACCAUGGAGUCCCUGAGGAUCCGCAUCUCCUUCUCAAACUCCGACGCAGAGUUAAUGCUCUCAGCAACUUUUUUAGUGGCCCAAUAGUGGUUCAUUGCAGUGCCGGUGUUGGGCGCACUGGGACAUAUAUAGGAAUUGAUGCCAUGCUGGAGGGGCUGGAUGCAGAAGGCAGAGUGGAUGUUUAUGGCUAUGUUGUGAAGCUGCGUCGGCAGCGGUGCCUCAUGGUUCAAGUAGAGUCGCAGUACAUCCUUAUCCAUCAAGCGCUAGUGGAAUACAAUCAGUAUGGAGAAACAGAGGUCAGUCUCUCAGAACUGCAUUCCUAUCUUAACAAUCUGAAAAGAAAAGAUCCUCCGAGUGAUCCUUCUCUGCUGGAGGCAGAGUUUCAGAGAUUACCCUCCUAUAAGGGGUGGCGGACACAGAACACUGGGAAUCGUGAGGAAAAUAAAAGCAAAAAUAGGAACGCCAGCAUAAUUCCAUAUGACUUUAACCGAGUGCCAAUCAGGCACGAAGAAGAAUGCAGUAAGGAGGGUGAACGUGAUUCAGAUGAUUCCUCAGAUGAGGACAGUGACCGUGAGGAAUCAAGCAGAUACAUCAAUGCUUCCUUCAUAACUGGUUACUGGGGUCCGAAAGCCAUGAUUGCAACCCAAGGACCACUGCAGGAAACUAUUUCUGACUUCUGGCAAAUGGUCUUCCAAAGAAAAGUCAAAGUCAUUGUUAUGCUGACAGAACUGAAAGAAGGAGAUCAGGAACUCUGUGCACAGUACUGGGGAGAAGGGAAACAAACAUAUGAUGGCAUAGAGGUUCAAAUGACAGAUGUUAACUGUUGCCCUAGCUAUACCAUACGUGCAUUUGACGUUACACAUCUGAAGACGAAAGAAACACAGAAGGUGUAUCAGUAUCAGUAUCACAAGUGGAGUGGCUUGGAUGUUCCGGAAAACCCCAAAGAUUUAGUCAGCAUGAUUCUCAAGCUUAAACAAAAAGUCCCAGCCAGACCAGUCACUGAGGACAACAGGAGUAAUCGCAGUGUCCCGCUCGUCGUCCACUGCCGUGACGGAUCACAGCAGACUGGUGUAUUUUGUGCUUUAAUGACCCUCUUGGAAAGUGCAGAAAUAGAAGAAGUAAUAGAUGUUUUCCAAGUAGUAAAAGGUCUUCGUCGCACCAGGCUGGGAGUGGUCUCCACCUUUGAACAUUACCAAUUUCUGUAUGACACCAUUGCUAGUACCUACCCUGCACAGAAUGGACAGAUAAAGAAGAACAGCCAGCAGGAAGAUAAAGUUGAAUUUUGCAGUGAAGUAGAAAAAACAGAUCAGGAGACUGAUUUGAUCACUAUUGAUCUUACCCCAACAACGCCAGAGGAAAAUGAGUUUUCUGAUGUAUGUGAUGGUUCUAAGGCUGCAGAUAGCACUAAGGGAACAGAAAGCUCUACAAAUGGCCCCACAACUCCAGUUCUAACUUAGAGGCUAUACUAAAAAAAAGUGCUUUUUCAUAUGCAAAAACUUCUAAACAAAAUAAGAAGUAUAAGAUUUCUUCCUCUUCCCACUUUUUUUUGGAAAACAUUUACUGUUAUAUUGGUUUUUCAAAGGUACAAAUUUAAAGGAAUACUUGAAGCUCACAGAGAGUGACAAAGAACUGUGAAAGUUUAAUCUUUGUGUAGAUUUACAUUCCGUACUUCUUCAGAAACCUUUUCACUAUUUUUAUACUUUUAAAAAUUUGU